AUGGGUAACUUGUCUUACUUUUUGGGUUUCGAGGUUGCUCGUAACUCUGCAGGUAUUCACCUUUCUCAGCGUAAAAAAUAUGCUUUGGAUCUACUUCAUGAAAUCGGAAUGCUUGCUGCUGCUCUUGUUAGCACUCCCAUGAAUUUUUCUGCCAAGGUUUCCUCUGACGGUGACCAACAUGCUGACCCCACUGCUUUUCGUCGUUUGAUCAGGCGUCUCAUAUAUCUUACCAACACACAUCCAGAUAUAACUUACGCUGUUCAUCACCUCAGCCAAUACCUUGCUUCCCCUACUCAAGCUCAUCAUCAAGCUGCAUUUCGCAUCCUACGCUACAUCAAGAACACCCCUGGUCAGGGCAUUUUUCUCAAAGCCACAAGCAGUAUCACCCUCAAGCCGGAUGCCCUGAUUCCAGACUCUGAUUGCCGAUAUCCUCACCAAGUCACUUUCUCCUUCCGCAUUUCACAAUAUAAAUUCCAAGCUCGACACACUUGA